AAGCAUUUUUUAAUGGUAUCGAUUUACAUCGUUGCAGUUGUGGGAAUUAAGCAGGAUCAGCAACAAGGAUUAGACAAUAAUUAUUUUAUGAGUUAAUAGGCGUUGAGAUUCAAAAAAGUUAAAGCUUUAUCGGCGUUAACACACAUUGUCCCCAUCACAUGUCUAAAUAUACAAUGGAAAUAUCCGUAUAUCAAACUGGAAAAAAUUCUCAAGCAGCCUUUCUCUUGGGUUGCCUGUCUGUUAAUGUUGAUUACUACUGAUGUGGAAAUGUGUUUUGUGAGGCUGUGUGUGUGCACGGUGAAAUCGACAUUUAGCGCCUCAAGUCCAUCGCUUGGGCCGGCUGCGUGGCCCAGCUCUACAUCUCCCUCUCGCUGGGCUCCACCGAGUGCCUCCUGCUGGCCGUCAUGGCCUAUGACCGCUACGUCGCCGUCUGCCAGCCGCUGCGCUACACGGCCAUCAUGAGCCGCCGCCUCUGCCUGCAGAUGAUGGUUACCGCCUGGCUGAGCGGCUUCGGCAACGGACUGGUGAAGACGAUGCUGACUCUGCGGCUGCCCCGGUGUGGGAGGAAUCGGAUUGACCACUUCUUCUGCGAGGUGCCGGCCCUGCUCAAGCUGGCCUGCGCCGACACCUCCACCAACAUGGCCGAGCUCCUCGCCAGCGGUGUGUUUUUACUGCUGCUGCCGCUGGGCCUCAUCCUGGUUUCCUAUGGCUACAUCGGCACCGCCGUGCUGAGGAUGCGUUCGGUCGAGGGCAGGCUGCUGGAGGGUCCCAUUGGAAAAUGAAAGGGUUUGAGGGGGAAGGGCAGGCUCAGAGUCAGUCUGCCCUGGCAGUGGAGAGGGGGGCACUAGGACCCUGCGGCAGCAGUUGUUGCAGGGAAGCAGAAUGGAGGAGACAAAGACAGACAGUGGGGUUACCAUAUUUUAAGUGUCCAAA